AACAUCUGGAUCGGUUCUUUCUCUUAUACUCCACCCAGAGGCGCAUUUCUGAGCACUGCCUGCGCUUUACCUGCCGCACGAGCCUCAAUCUGUGCGUUAGAGGAGAAAAGUGGCAUCCGCGACACGGGAAAUCCACUCAACACACGCGUGUCCGCGCCAGUAGCGCAGUCAUGAACACGGGGACUUCGGUCUGAACGCACGCCUCCGCCACCAGGAGGAGGAUUCCAGACGUGUACCUGACUACGUCCCGGGCGCCAUGGACUGGAAGACGUUCCAAGCGCUCCUCAGCGGGGUGAACAAAUACUCCACGGCGUUCGGGCGCGUGUGGCUGUCGGUGGUGUUCGUGUUCCGCGUGAUGGUGUACGUGGUGGCGGCCGAGCGGGUGUGGGGCGACGAGCAGAAAGACUUCGACUGCAACACCAAGCAGCCCGGCUGCGCCAACGUCUGCUACGACCACUUCUUCCCCAUCUCCCACAUCCGCCUGUGGGCGCUGCAGCUCAUCUUCGUCACGUGCCCGUCCUUCAUGGUGGUGAUGCACGUGGCGUACCGCGACGACCGCGAGCGCAAGUACAGGGCCAAGCACGGCGAGGACGCCAAGCUGUACAACAACACGGGCAAGAAGCACGGCGGCCUGUGGUGGACCUACCUCAUCAGCCUCUUCGUCAAGACGGCCAUCGAGGUCUCCUUCCUCUACAUCCUGCACCGCAUCUACGACAGCUUCUACCUGCCGCGGCUGGUCAAGUGCUCGGAGUCGCCGUGCCCCAACACGGUGGACUGCUACAUCGGCCACCCAACGGAGAAGAAGGUCUUCACCUACUUCAUGGUCGGCGCCUCGGGCCUCUGCAUCGUCCUGAACAUCUGCGAGAUCAUUUACCUGGUCUCCAAGCGCUUCGCGAGGAUAGCGAGGAAAGUGAAGGGGCGCGGCCGCCACGUGCCCGUGCACCACGACGACUACAGCGACGACCCCUUCAACAACCACAGCCACCCGAUGUCCAAGCUGGAAAUGAAGGAGAGGCCGCCGUCCUUCAACACGGCCAACAAGAGCUCCCUGAGGCCGCCCAUGCUCAGGAUCGAGGAUAAGAUACGCGCCUCUGCUCCCAAUCUGUCCAUUCCCUCGUGAUGGAGCACCAACACAGUCCAGAACAGCCGAACUUGGGGGUCUGACCCAAUAGCAAACCUCAAACCACACAUCUAAAACUGUGAGGCGAACUACAGAACAAAUACUGCAGGGAGUUGAGUCAUCGGUGCUGGAAUCAUCCUGUGGGCCACUGUGGCCACAUCCGAGACUGCGCAAGUGAACUUUUUCCACUGAAUGUUUCCAAGUUCUCGUUCACAGUGUUCACGGGUCAACCAGCGCCAGCGAGAUUCGCUGAUAAAACACACGUUUCCUUUCUGAAUACAAUAGCUGCAGCACGAGACUUUACCCCUAUCAUUCCAUUUGCUGUCGAGUAUUGACAUGCGAGGGAGAGGAAAUGUGCCGAGGGAGGCAGGACGCAACCAGCAGAAGCUGCCGCCCCUCCCUGUGUGUCCACAGUGGUAUUAGGAGAUUUGUUGUUGCUGUAAUACAUGUGCAUUUCACACAUUCAUCACCUCCCGUGAACUAAAACCAGUUUCUCUGUAUAUAAUCCUGACUUUCAGGACUUUGCCAGUGUUUCUGGCUGGAAUCGCGGGGCAGGAAGGACAAACCCUGUCAUUUUCCUGUACGACGCAUUACAAUGACUGACUGCAUGAAUAUUAUCGGCCAGACGUGCCGCAUGCUCGCCAUCAGGUUUACCCUGCACAGCCACUUACGCUGUGCUUGGACGCGCUUGUACACAGCCUCACCUCAUCCAAGACCACUGUUGAUUCAAAUGAGGGGAAUGGAAUGCUGCUGUUUAGGUCUGUGUUGGCAGAGCCAAAGCGACGCGGAGGAGGAGGGAGGAAGUCCGGCCCAAGAGACGUCUCAAUGAACUAUUAGGCCAUUUCGCUGGUCUGGUCCACUGCAGGCGCAUGGUGGACGUGUAUUUUCUGCACUAGCGAAUAUGAUUCUUUUAAUAAAUGUAAAUAAAGAGUGCUGAAUGAU